AAGAGGACCCCUCUUCAUUAUGCAGCCAGAGAAGGGCACAUCAAUGCAAUCUCAAGGCUGGUUGAGCUAGGAGCAGAUCUGACUGCAGUAGACUUCCUGGCGAGGACACCUUUGCACCAUGCAGCGAGAAAGGGCCACGCAAAUGCUGUUGCUGUCUUGGCUCAGCUGGGAUCUGACCUCAACCAUCCUGAC